UUGCAUACAACAGGUGCAUUUAUGGAAGUUUGGAGGCAACCCGGAAGGGCUCCAAGCCAGCGCCACCAUGCAGCGUGCGGGUCCUCAGCGCAGGGGCUCUCUCUCUGCUCCACCCCGCAGUGGUGGAGCCGCGUCGGGGUCCUGGCGGUCUGACGGCGCCCCAACUUAUUUAUCCUCCACACGUCACAGCCGCGCAACACGCGAGGCUAACGAGUUAGCCGGCUAGCAAACGCACAAGUUUCAGGCUCGUGUUAUCGUGCGUCUAGUCCUCCGUCAGUGGUGUUUAUGUCACGUGCACAGGUGGCGCUGUGCGCCCGCCUACGGCGAGUCGCGAGCUCGCGCGCGCGAUUAAUAAAAUAAACGUGAAAAGUCCGAAAACUCUCAGCAGCUCCGCCCGGCUGGCGGACGCCGUCGCUUUAAAAGCCGCGACGUCAUGUGACCGCCCGACCGCCGCCGCGAGGCGAAGUCACGUGAUCGAAAGUCACGUGUCCCGCGCGGAGACGUGAAAGAUGGCGGCGCGCUGGAGGAAGCUGUUGGUUGUACGCUCCGGACUGUGGAGCGUCGUCUUCUACCUGCUGCACGCACACCUGAGGGCCGUGCUGGCGGAGGACGCGGACCGCUGUGACAGCCUACGGCUCGGCCAAUAUCUUUGCAAAGAUCCAAAGAUAGAUGAAGCCACACAGGAGCCGGAGAACUGCAAGGACGUGACCGCAUGGGUGGAGUGCCUUCCUGCCCCCAACGUCAGCUGUCGCCUGGCAAACGGUACCGAGUUCAGGUUCAGUGGCGAGGAGGUGGGCUUCAAUAAGAGUAUUACCUGCAGGAAUGUCAGUGGAUAUUCCUACAAGGUGGCCGUGGCCUUGUCUCUGUUCCUCGGCUGGCUGGGAGCUGAUCGUUUCUACCUGGGAUAUCCAGCUCUGGGUCUGUUGAAGUUCUGUACAGUUGGGUUCUGUGGGAUCGGCAGUCUGAUAGACUUCAUGCUGAUUGCCAUGCAGAUCGUGGGUCCAUCAGACGGCUCUCACUACAUUGUAGACUACUACGGCGCCAGGCUGACACGUCUCACCAUCACCAAUGAGACCUACAGGAGGAUACAGCUCUCUCCCUGAAGCAGAUCUGGAGUCAGUUUAUGAAGAAACCCUGAGGGCACGCCGAGACUGGCGUCCAACUCCAACAUGGCGUUUUAUUCAACUCCAACAAGACGGAAGCAAAAGACCGUCCAUCAUACUGCACCCAGUCCUGUUAGCCAUCCCACUCUCUCUCUCUCUCUCUCUCUCUCUCUCUCUCUCUCUCUCUCUCUCUCUCUCUCUCUCUCUCUCUCUCUCUCUCCCUCCCCCAUCAGAUGUGUCCUGUCAUAUUGUAUAUUGUGUACAGCAGCAGUGUGUUCCGUAGCUCUUCUCUCCUCUGUCUCGGUCAUGAUGUCCUUGCAGAAUUUGCCUUUUGUAAAUAAAGUUUUCUGUG